AUGUCGGACGCGAUCCCAGCCCUUCUCGUCAUCCUUAUCACAAUCCUUUUGCCUCCCGUGGGCGUAUACAUGGUCGCAGGCUGCGGCGCCGACCUCUUUGUCAACAUUUGCCUGACGCUCCUUGGUUACAUCCCUGGCCACAUCCACGCAUUCUACGUCGAAUAUGUAUACUUCGAUCGGAGGGACAGGGCGAGACACGGACAGCUGACAGGUCGUCACGCACCGGGAGUGUAUAGCGAGAGAGUGCAGUCAGGCGGGAAUAUGGGGUACGGGACGAUUUAG